AUGGCCGACCAACAGAGACCACCAAUAAAGAGAGCAAGGAAGGAACCAGCAAUUGCUGAUGAUGAAGGAGAUGCCAACGACGAAGGUACCGAGAGUGACUUGUUUCGGAAGAGGAGGGAGAAAGAAUCGCUCAUUUUGAAAGAGCUGUCGGCUACCAUUGCUACCCUCCAGGAUCUAUCCAAUGUGCUAGGGGAUAUUGUGCAACAGACAACAACCAUUAGAAAGAGAGCAGCUGGGGCAGACACUCGCAAGGUGGUCGUAAAGCAAAAAAUGCUGUUGGAAGAGUUACAGCAGUGGAAGCACUUGCUGCCAUCAGCGGAUUUGAAGGACGUACUCUAG